CUUCACUCGUCUAUUUUUGGUUUUCAGACGAUUUUUGUUGAGAAAUGUACGCGUCCCUGUUUUUCUCUCGAGAAGAAAAAAUGAUAAUAUCCAGUUAAAAGCCAUCGAAAAGUGUUCAAUUGUUGUAGUUUGAAGGGCCCCGACCAUAAGGACUUCAAUAAAAUACCGUUUUGUGUCUUAUCGGGAUCGUCCUACCUCAACAUCAACAACAGAACCAUCUUCCUAUACAUUUGGAUGCUCAGAUCCAACCAAUUAUGACAGAAAUAGUGUAUCCUUCAGGAUGCCGUCCAAUCAGCGACGAUCUGGGUCCAGACGAGCUGAUUCGACGUUUAAAAACACUGGCGCACACUUUACAAGCUAUGGGCCAAGACGACGGCGCCUACAAACAAUACGUCCCUUUAAGCGUACACUUGGCAGAUGAACAAUUUUUGAAACAUCCUUCAAGAGAUGUUCAACUAUUGAUUGCUUGCUGUAUUGCUGAUGUUUUAAGAGUCUAUGCCCCAGAUGCUCCGUAUCAGGACCCAGAACAAGUCAAGACGAUAUUUUUGUUUUUGAUCACGCAAUUAUCAGGGCUUAAAGAUCCUAAAGAUCCUGCGUUUAAAAGAUAUUUUUACUUAUUGGAAAAUUUGGCGUAUGUGAAAUCUUUUAAUAUGUGUUUUGACUUGCCCGAUUGCCAAGAUAUCUUUUGUCAUUUGUUCAAUUUAAUGUUUAAAAUUGUCAAUGACGAACAUUCAGGUAGGGUCAAGAGUUUUAUGUUGGAUGUACUGUGCCCUUUGAUUACUGAGAGCGAUAUGGUCUCAAAUGAUUUACUUGACAUAAUUUUAUUGAAUAUUGUUGAACCAACAAAGACCCAACAUAAAAAUGCUUAUUUUUUGGCUAAAGAACUUAUUAAUAAAACAUCUGACACUUUGGAACCGUAUAUUCAAGCGUUUUUUAAUGAAGUCCUAAUUUUGGGCAAAGAGGAUCAACGUUUAAGUAUAGCAAACAAAGUUUACGAUUUAAUUUAUGAACUCAAUCAUAUUUGCCCGCAAGUUUUGGUAUCUGUACUACCUCAAUUGGAGUGUAAAUUGAAAAGCGCUCAAGAAAGCGAACGUUUGGCGGCAGUGGCUCUUUUAGCUAAAAUGUUUAGUGAAAAAGACUCUGAGCUUCCUAGGAGACAUGGACCUUUGUGGAGGGCAUUUUUGGGAAGGUUUAAUGAUAUUUCGGUGUCUAUUAGAACCAAAUGCGUUCAAUACUCGAUGCACUUUUUACUAAAUCAUCCCGAUUUAAGAAAAGACAUCACCGAGACAUUGAAAAUGCGACAGCACGAUUCUGACGAAAACGUCAGGUAUCAAGUAGUCAUGGCUAUCGUGACAACUGCCAGGAACGACUUCCAGGUGGUCUCUGACUCCGAGGAUCUCUUGGAGUUUGUCAAAGAGCGCACUCUCGACAAGAAGUUCAAAAUUCGCAAAGAGGCAAUGGUCGGUCUAGCAAUGAUUUAUAAGAAACAUUUGAGCGAUCCUGACGUGCCCAUGGCCACUAAAAAAGCAGUGACGUGGAUUAAGGAUAAGAUUUUGCACGGGUAUUAUAUGGCUAGUAUGGAGGAUAAAUUGUCAGUUGAAAGAUUAUUAAAUACUUGUUUGGUACCUUAUCAACUACCGGCAGAAGAUAGAAUGAAAAAAUUAUACCAUUUGAUGGGCACCGUUGACGAGCACGCCACAAAGGCCUUCAUGGAACUGCAAAAGAACCAGUUGUGCGUGCGAAAAUUGGUUUUAGAAUGGCUAGAUUUGCAUAGGAAAGCGAUGAUUAGCGGUAGCAGUGAAGCCUCUAAAGAGAUUUGUAACAAAAUUCAAACUUUAUCACGUUGUUUGCCGGAACCGGUUAAAGCCCACGAGUUUCUGACUAAAUUCAGCAGCCAUUUAAAGCGUGAUGCAGAUCUUACUGAAAAAUUCGAAACAGUUGUAAGGCCAUCAGUAAGUUGCAAAGAAUGCUCUGAAGCUACAGCGGCUGUAUUGAAAAAGCUUGGACCUCCUGUAAUGACGAAUCUUUAUUACAACACUGUAAAAAUGCUUUUGGAACGUAUAAGUUCAGUAAUGAUCGAUCAUGAAGCUUUAGGUAUUCUAAUUGGAUAUGUUGAUGAUUGUCUCAGAGGUGGAAACUCGAUAGAUGAUAUAGGUCUCCAUCCGGCUACCGCAGGCGAUAGAGGCCUUAAAUUAUUAGUAAUGUUAAGUGUGGUGUUUCCUUGCCAUUUCCACCACUCUAACAUAAUAAAUGACCUAAUGGAUUUGUUGCGUUUAGAUGACGUUAAUGUUGCCCCAUUGGUCCUUAGUAUUUUUACGUUUCUGGGAAAAUACAAGUGCUUAUAUGAAGAUUUCCCAGAUGAAAUGAAGACUUUAUCGCCGAUUUGCAAAGAUUUAGCGUGCUCCGGUACACCUAAACAAGCCAAAGGGGCCAUUCAUUGUAUAUACAAAAACAUGCCACCCUUGCACGACGAAAAUUUCGGCCAAAUUUUGGACACAAUCAAAGACACUCUAGAACCAGAGUCACCCAACUACCGGACAUCCAUAGUCACUCUGGGCCAUAUUGCCUAUACAUUUCCUGAAAAAUACAAAGUAGCAAUUAAGAAUAUUGUUUCUAGAAAGAUUGUGAAGGAAUUACUGGUAAAAGAAUGCAGUGAGAAUAUGGAGGCGGAUUAUGUGGCGAUAAACAGCUCUGAUUCUUGGUGCUCAGAAGAUGAUCUACCAGAAAAUACAAGAUGUAAAGUUGAAGGCUUGAAAGCUAUGGCCAGAUGGCUGUUAGGUUUAAAACAAGAUACAAACUCGGCUCAAAAAACCUUUAGAAUGCUGUACGCUUUCAUAGUGCAUAAAGGCGAUUUGGUUCAAAGCGGAAGGCUGUCUCAAGCCGAAAUGUCUUGGUUAAGGUUAGCAGCGGGCUGCGCCAUGUUGAAGGUGUGCGAACAGAAAGGUGUAGGUGACCAAUACACAGCGGAGCAAUUUUAUAAAUUAUCGCAAUUGAUGUGCGACGAAGUUAAACAGGUUAGGGAAAUAUUUGCUGCUAAAUUACACAAAGGGUUAAAUAAAGGUUUACCAAACAAGUGCCUUCCCUUAGAUUUCAUGGGAUAUUAUGCUUUAGCUGGACGGGAACCUGAAGGCCGUCUACGUACACUUGUUAGGAAUUAUAUGAUUAAUGAUAUCAAUAGGAGAAGAGAUUAUGUCAAAACAAUUACAAUGGGAAACUCAGGCGCAGAAAGCAGGGCGAUGCUUCAGGUGUCCCAUAUAUCACCUGAUUACAUGUUAAUUUUUGCUAUUCCUAUUUUAGCCCAUGCUCCUAAAUUAAGCAAAUGGGAUAAUGUUGCGGAACUUCAAGUAGCUCAGCAAUGUUUAUGGUUCAUUUUGGAACCUUUAGUAACCAAAAACGACUACUUCAGCUAUGGUUUUUAUAAAACUGCAAUUGAAAAAAUGAAAAAUCACAAAGACGCUGUUACACCUGACGAUGAUCACAUGAAUUAUAAAUUGUGGGCAUUGUGCGACUUAACUACCGGUCUCCUACUAAACAAGGCCACCAACUAUGAGCUUAAAGAUUUGGCUACAGACAUCAGGAUACCGACAAUGCUGUUUAUGCCCCAGAAGAAUUUCCAAAAUACUAGAGUAUUUUUGCCUCCUGAGCUACAGUAUCAACCUAACAAAAAGCAAACUUUGACACUAAGCAUGCUGAAUAAUGAGAAUAAAGAAAAAGGUAAAAAAAAGAAGAAAGAGGAAGGAUGUGGACCGUUAGGAACUGAUGUACAGCCUCCAGAAGCUUCAGAUUCGAAAAUACAAGUGCCUGGACUUGAAGAUGCAGACGUUGACGAACCUCCAGCCAAAAGGCUUAGGGAUAGGACAAGACACGAUGAAGAUCACAAAUAAUGUGAAUAGAAUUUCAAAACCAAACUGGGAUGAUCAUAAUUAUAUUGUUUUAUUUUUUAUUUAUUUAUCAUAAAUUAGGGCAAAAGUAAAACAAGACAAAAGUAUAAAUCCAUAUGGUCUGUCAUGUGUAGAGUAAGAUUAUAAGACGUUAUUUUUUUAUAUAUAUUGAUGAUUGAGGAUGGAUUGGGCCAAUGGAUUGUUUAAUUUUUAUUUUUGAGUAGACAAUUUCAACUAGGCUUCAUUUGUUGUUUUUCCAAAGACAUUUGACUAUUAUUUCAGUGUAAAUUUUUGUUGAAAAUUGCAACUUCAUUUGUAGGCUUUAAAACAUACUUAUUUUAUUUAGAUUUCUCACUAUACUUGUUAGUGUGGUUUUCAUUAGUUUAUAUUAUGUAUAUAGAUAAAUAAUAAUUAUAACAAACCGUUUUGAUUGGGCAAACUAAUGCUAACUUUAUUAGGUUUAGAAUAUAUAUUUUUUUCAGCAUGCUGUUGCCCCUUGCAAAAUUCAUUCACCUAAGUUCUAGGGUCGGUUUCUUAAUAGCUUAUCACCUCUGGGUUAGUUUUAACUCCAAUGUUUACCCUGGAGUUAUGCCUAACCCAGGGGUGACUUGUUAUUGAGAAAGUGCCACUCCCAACGUAUACAAGUUUAGGUAGGGUAAGCUUUUUUUUUACUGCAGUAAUCGGUUUACAAAUUGUACAAAAAAGAUGUAUUUUUAAUUCUAAUUUAAGUAAGGAUUACAAUAAACAUUUUGUCUAUUGCUAUGGUGUAUUUAUUUAUUUUUGAAGGGAAAAAAAAAUAAAUGCAAGAAUUUAGGUUAUCAAAGAUACAGUAUAAUAAAAAAAAAAAUUAAGCAGCAAUGCUCCCAAUUACACUAAUUAUUCCUCAAAGAAUUUGGGUAGUUCAUCUCCCAGUACUACUUUACGUUCAACUCCUUUUUCUGUAAUAAUUCCAACACGCACUACACCUCCAGAGGAACCGUCACGCGACAUUGCAAGAGCCAAAG